AUGUAUCUUUGUAAAAUACACAUACAAAUUGUACUUGGUUUAUGCUACACUUUCCAUAAUGGUUUGAAGCCCUGGCAUGAUUCAACAGGCACUGAAACAGUUGCACUUUCAACAUAUAGAGAAGAUUCUAUCAAUAAAAUUGAAAUAUUGGAUGGUUCAUCGAUCAUGAUAGAACAUGCAAAUGGGGUUACUAGUGAAAGUGUUAAUUUUACCAAGAUUUCAGAAGCUAAUGUUCAAUUACCGGUUACAAAAUUACAAUGGGACCCUUCAGGAACGGAAAGGUUAAUAACAACAAAUGAUCGUUUGAAAAUUUGGGAAAUUGACUAUAAUAACCAAUUAGUGGAGAGAUUAAAUUUGGUUAAUGGAGUUCAACAUGGUCAUAAUGGACAUUCAGGGACAACUAAUAAACCAUUAUCAUUACCACCUUUAACUUCAUUUGAUUGGAAUAAAGUUAAACCAAAUAUUGUCAUCACUUCAAGUAUUGAUACCACAUGUACAGUUUGGGAUAUAUUACAUCCAAGUUCUCCUAAAACUCAACUAAUUGCACAUGAUAGUGAAGUUUUCGAUGUUCAAUUCAUCAAGAAUUCAGCAGAAAUAUUUGCAAGUGUUGGUAAUGAUGGAUCCAUGAGAGUUUUCGAUCUAAGAUCUUUAGAACAUUCUACAAUUAUUUAUGAACCUCCAGUGAUCCCAGGUGUUUCAAGCACAACUUCCCUACCAUCAUCAACCACUGGACCUUCAAAUGCAUUAUUAAGACUAGCAACUUCAAAUGUUGAUCCAAAUGUCAUCGCAACAUUUGCUGCUAAAUCAGAAUCAAUAAUCAUUUUAGAUAUGAGAUACCCUGGAGUACCCACCACGGUGUUGAAUGGCCAUAAUGGACCUAUCAAUUCAAUAAAAUGGCAUCCAACUCAACAGAAACUAUUAUCAGGAGGUGAUGAUUGUCAAGCAUUAAUCUGGGAUUUGACUUCUGCUAAACCACAUCCUCAUUUACACCAUCAUCAUCAUCAACAACAAAAUAGCAGUAAUUCCAAUAGUGCACCAAAGAAUGGUGGUGGUGUUGUUGAAUAUCCAGAUUUCGCAUACAACGAUACUUUAGAGAUCAACAAUGUCACCUGGAACUCUGAAGGUGACUGGAUAGGUGUUGUCAGUGGUAAAGGGUUCCAAGGUGUUAAAACAAGUGUGUAA